AAGAAACGGAUUCAGUAGCGAUUCGUUUGACUCGCCUAGUCAACCUGCCCGAAGCUCACCGCUUCCGCUGAAGUCUCCAAGUCGGAAUCCGACAACCGGAUUUUUCACCGGCACUUUUCGCACCUCUGACAAGCACGCGUACUCGUACAGGGACAUCACGCAAAACCCGUGGUCUUCUAUAUUCUCCCUCUCCGGCGGUCGCAGCUGGGAAUUCCAGCAAUUCAUCGCCACAAUGGAACCAGACGCAACUGCGGGUGUCCCAGAUUCCGACGCAUCUCUUCCAGAAGAUUUCGUCCAUGUUAAAAAAAUGAACCUUCCCGAGAUCUCCGUCGAUGAAAGGGAGGCACUGAAUUCUAUCUCAGAAUUAUCACAGAACCCUCAACCCUAUUUUGAAACCUCAUCUAGAAAGAUUGCUUCUGUCGAUGACGCUAUAAGAGAUGAUCUUCCUGCACCAAUUGAAUCUCAAGCUCCCGAAUCCACUGCAAUGGAGGUACAAGGGAAGAAAGUUCUUCCGGAAGAGCUCGCCAAGGGUUGCGUAAUGUUGGAGUGCGAAUCUUCGGCUGAAGGUGGUUCCUGCGAUGUCUACUUGGUUGGAACUGCUCAUGUUUCCCUGGAAUCCUGCAGAGAAGUUCAGGCCAUUAUCGGUUACUUGAAACCACAGGUUGUUUUCUUGGAGUUGUGCUCCAGUCGAGUAGCUAUACUGACCCCUCAGAAUCUAGAGGUACCAACCAUGAAGGAAAUGGUAGAUAUGUGGAUGAAAAAGAAUAUGAACACAUUCGGAAUUAUUUACACCUGGUUUCUUGCCAAGGUUGCUAAGAAGCUAGAGGUUUUUCCUGGGUCUGAAUUUCGCGUGGCAUAUGAAGAAGCAAUGCAAUAUGGUGGCAAGGUGAUACUAGGUGAUCGUCCAGCCCAGGUUACAAUACAGAGGACAUGGGGGAAAAUGUCACUUUGGCACAAGGCAAAAUUUCUGUACUGUACACUUUUCCAAUCAUUCUUUCUGCCAAGCCCUGAGGAUAUAAAUAAAUUGCUGAAGGAAAUGGAUGACGUUGACAUGUUAACUCUUGUAAUUCAGGACAUGAGUAAAGAAUUCCCUACUCUGAUGGAGACACUUAUUUUUGAACGAGAUCUGUACAUGUCAUCCACAUUACUUAGAGUUGCUAGUGAACAUGCUUCAGUUGUUGCAGUUGUUGGCAAGGGGCACCUGCAAGGGAUCAAGCGACACUGGAAGCAGCCUAUUGAUGUCAAGGGUCUCCUAGAAAUUCCUGCAAGAAGACCAACUGUUUCUGCCAUGAAGAUUCUUAAAUCCCUUGGAGUUGUGGUUGUUGGGGCUGCCAUAAUUUCUGGUUUCUAUUUGGCAGGAAAGAGUUAAUAGUCAUGAAGCUUAUACUUCUCCGGCGAACGGUGGUUGCAUAUAGGAUUCUACCUGGUUAGUUUCAGAAUAUCAAUAAUUAAUUUAAUAUUCAUAAAAUAAUAGAGUGAUAUUUAAAGAUUCAGAUUAUCAAUUUCCUUAUUUUAUUUUUUAUAUUUUUAUAUUUACUAUCUUCA